AUGAGGCCGAUUUUGCUCUCGGGCCACGAGCGUGCGCUCACCCAGGUCAAAUACAACCCGGACGGCGACAUAAUUUUCUCCGUGUCCAAGGACCAUGUUGUGUGCGCAUGGUAUUCGCACAACGGCGAGCGGUUGGGCACCUACCACGGCCACGUCGGAGCCCUGUGGACCGUCGACGUCCACCCCUCGUCCGAGCUGCUCGCGACCGGCGGCGCCGACAACACGAUGCGCCUGUGGGAGGUCAAGACAGGCCGCCUGCUGAAGACAUGGGAGUUCGCCACCUCGAUCAAGCGCGUCGAGUUCUCGCCCGACGGCCGCCAGCUGCUCGGCGUGACGGAGAAGCGCUCCGGGCACCUGUCCACCAUUGUCGUCUACGAGAUCGACCCCGACGUCGACGCCACCCAGACGGACGAGCAGCUGCUGCGCAUCGUCUGCGACGAGAGCAAGGCCACCGUCGCCGGCUUCUCCUACCUCGCCAAGUACAUCAUCUCCGGCCACGAGGACGGCUCCGUCACACAGUGGGACGGCAAGACGGGCGAGCUGCUCAGCAGCAACUACGAAGUCCACGAGCCGGACAUGCAGAUCACCGACCUCCAGUGGUCAGCAGACCGCACAUACUUCAUCACCGCCUCCAAGGACAAGACCGCAAAGCUCGUCGACGUCGAGACACUCGAUGUCCUCAAGACCUACGUCGCCGACACGCCCCUCAACAGCGCCGCCAUCACCCCCGUAAAAGACUACGUUAUCCUCGGCGGAGGUCAGGCCGCCAUGGACGUCACAACCACCUCGGCCCGCCAGGGUAAAUUCGAAGCCCGCUUCUACCACAAGAUCUUCUCCGAGGAGAUUGGCCGUGUCCGUGGCCACUUCGGUCCCCUCAACUACGUCGCCGUGCACCCGCAGGGCACCUCGUACUGCUCCGGCGGCGAGGACGGCUACGUGCGCGUACACCACUUCGACAAGCCCUACUUUGACUUCAAGUACGAGGUCGAGAGGGAAGCGGAGCAGGCGAACCUGUAG